CUCCUUCACAAAAGCCAUGGAGAGAAGAAGGAGAUGGGAAGACAUGGACACUGAUUGUUUGAGUAACAUAUUCCGGCAUCUUGAUGUCGGUGACCGGACUAUUGCAGUCCCUUUUGUUUGCAAGUCAUGGUACAAGGCAUCUCUUGAUCCUCUCUGCUGGCUUGUUCUUGACUUGAGGCCAUUAGAUUUCAUGCCAAGAAGCUCAUUUGUGAAGAUGUUCACUGAACAGUACUCUUUGCAACACUUAGCCUUUACCUUCUCUGGUUUCCUGAAGUUGGUGGUGCAUAGGAGCCAGGGGUUGGCUUGUGAGCUUAUGUUCCCUUUGGUCUUUGGUGCUUCUCUGCAUGAUUUGGCUUAUGCGUCAAAGAAAUGUUUGAAUUUGAAGACUCUAGUGUUGCCAAGAUUGACAAGAGAGGCUGAAAAUCACAUCCCAAAGCUCAUAAAACAUUGGAAUGGUCUUGAACACUUGGAGAUGGAAUCAAAGCCUUCGUCCUUCUUAGAACUAUUGGCACAAAUAAGUGCACACUGUGUCAAGUUCACUGGCCUUAAAAUGUUUGGUCAUAUAAAGAAAGAAGACUCAUAUGCUCUUGUCCAUUCACUCCCAAAACUUAAGUAUUUAAACUUGAGCAAGUCUGACAUGACAGAGAAUGAGUUGAUGAUAAUGAUAGAAGGGUUAAAAGAGAUGAAGAAGUUGAUUGUGAAUGAAUGUGUUGGAUUCCAAGUGGAUGAUGUGGUGAAGAGAUGGAGUUUGGGCAUUCAAACAUUUCAGCAUGAAGGUUGUGAGCUCAGGAUUGAUGAUGGUUAUGACGCUCAUGAGUUUGAUUGCCUCCAUGUUUACGGGUUUUGGUGA